AUGGCUUCUUCAUCCCAACGUCGCUGCGUUUUUGUUGGGAACAUUCCUUACGACGCUACCGAAGAACAACUCAGAGAAAUUUGCGGCGAGGUUGGACCUGUUGUCUCCUUUAGAUUAGUUACCGAUAGAGAAACCGGUAAGCCAAAAGGCUACGGAUUUUGCGAGUAUAAAGACGAAGAAACAGCAUUGAGCGCUCGUCGCAAUCUCCAGAGUUACGAAAUCAAUGGCCGUCAAUUAAGAGUUGAUUUCGCCGAGAAUGACAAAGGAACUGAGAAAACUCGCGAUCAGGGUCAAGGAGGACCUGGUUUGCCUGCUGCUAACGAAUCUCAGAAGCAAGUAGGAGGGCCUGUAGAUUCGACUAUGCAUCAGCCGGUUGGUGUCAACCUAGCUAUGAACGCUGCAUCAGUUAUGGCGGGUGCGCUAGGUGGUCCACAGGUCGGUUCGCAGUUUCCUCAAGGUUCGCUGCAGGUUCCACCUAGCGAUCCCCUGACUCUUCAUCUUGCCAAGAUGACUAAAACUCAGCUCACUGAAAUUAUAUCUUCCGUUAAGUUAAUGGCUACACAGAAUAAGGAACAAACUCGACAGUUGUUGGUUUCAAAACCUCAGUUGCUUAAAGCUGUUUUCCUGGCACAGAUACUGCUUGGGAUUGUGAGUCCACAAGUCUUGCAAACGCCAAAUAUUAUUCAGGCCCCAAAUCAUAUGACAGGGUCUUCAAUUCAAGACACACAACUAUCUAGUCAAAACGUUCUGCCGCCACUGGCACAAAGGCCGCAGCAGCUAAGUCGAACUCCCACUCCCCAUAGUCAGUUUCCCGUUCAACAGCCUUCUAAACAACCUUUUAGUCAGAUUCCACAACAACUAGUAGCACAACAAGGUCCUUCUUCUGUGAAUCCUCUUCCUAGAUCCCAAGUUAAAACCGAAAUCGCUCCGUUCCAACGCCAAAAACAAAUCGUUCCAGGUUCCAGCAGCGUAAGCUAUAGUAGUCAGACUUCAGUUCCGAAUAAUGCUAUCCAGCCAUCUCAAGUACCUCGCCCAGCAUUAUCAAACUCGGUGAUGCAGCAGAGUGGGCAAGCAGUAUUACUAAAUUAUGGCAAAAGGAUAAACGAGGGACCUCAUCAGUCAUUAAACAGACCAACGAAGAUGAUGAAAGUGGACGAUAGGAGAAUCGCUUCAUUCCCCGGAGGUGGUCCUGCGUCUAACUCAAUGCUACCAAAUCAAGUACAGUUACAGGAGAAAACGCCUCAGACACAACUCACACCCGAUGUUCAGUCAACACUGCUCCAGCAAGUAAUGAACCUGACGCCGGAACAGUUAAGGAUGCUGACUCCAGAGCAACAGCAAGAAGUCUUAAAGCUGCAACAAGCGCUCAAGCAAGACCACAUGAUGCAGCAGCCUUCAUAG